UGCAGAGAUGUUAACACACAGUCUCCUCGACAAACAAGGGUGGGAGGAAGAAGAGCAGCUCUCUUCGUAUAUGCAAUGGAAGGAUUGGAGAACAUGGCUUUUGUAUCAAAUGCAGUUAGCUUGGUGACUUAUUUCUAUGGAUACAUGAACUAUAGUUUAACCAAAUCAGCUACAACACUUACCAACUUCAUGGGUACUUCAUAUAUCUUGGCCUUGUUUGGAGGGUUGAUCUCUGAUACCUAUUUGUCCAGAUUCAAGACAUGUUUGCUCUUUGCUUCCAUUGAAUUGGUGGGAUAUGCCAUUCUAACAGUACAAGCACACUUCGAUGUAUUAAGACCUAUCCCUUGUAAAUCAAUGGCAACAAGUGACAUGAAUCAAUGCAAGGCUGCUGAUAGUGACCAAGCUGCAAUCCUUUUCUCUGGUUUGUAUCUAAUUGCAUUGGGAACCAGUGGAGUUAAAGCAACACUACCAUCACUUGGAGCAGAUCAAUUUGAUGAGAAGAACCCCAAAGAGGCAACCUUUCUUUCUAGUUUCUUCAACUGGUUCUUGUUCAGUCUUACAGUUGGAGCUAUGAUUGGAGUAACUUUUGUUGUGUGGAUUAGCCAAAACAGAGGCUGGGAUUGGGGAUUUGGUGUCUGUACUAUGGCUGUUUUCUCUGCAAUCAUGUUUCUGUUCAUGGGCAAGUCAAUUUAUCGAAAUAAUGUGCCUAGAGAAAGCUCCAUUCUUAGAAUUCUACAGGUGUUUGUGGUGGCAAUACGAAACCGAAAGCUUCCGGUACCUGAUAUGAAGGAGACAUUACAUGAGUUAUAUGAUAAAGAAGCAGGGAUUAAUGACAUUGAAAUUCUUCAGAGAACUGAUCAAUUCAGAUUCUUGGAUCGAGCAGCAAAAAUGACUACCACCCACUUCUCAUCCACAUCAAAUCUACCAAGAUCAUGGAGCUUGUGUACAGUGACACAAGUAGAAGAGGCCAAGAUCCUACUACGCAUGCUUCCCAUCAUACUCAGCACAGUCUUCAUGAACACUUGCAUGGCACAACUCCAGACAUUCUCUAUCCAACAGAGCAUUACCAUGGACACAAGCCUCCUUGGUUUCCAAGUCCCAGGGCCAUCACUUCCUGUCAUCCCCCUUGUCUUCAUGUCCCUCCUUGUCCCAAUGUAUGAUCGCAUCUUUGUUCCUCUUGCCCGAAAGCUCACAGGAAUUCCGACCGGAAUCCGGCACCUCCAACGAAUAGGAGUAGGGCUAGUGCUUUCAGCAAUCUCCAUGGGAGUUGCAGGGAUUAUCGAAACUCGCCGGAAAUCGGUUGCAAUGGAACACAACAUGGUAGACUCAACAGACCCAUUACCAAUAAGUGUGUUUUGGCUGAGCUUCCAAUAUGCAAUUUUUGGGGGAGCUGAUCUGUUUACAUUUGUGGGACUCUUGGAGUUCUUCUAUGCAGAGAGCCCAGUAGGGAUGAAAUCUUUGAGUACAGCAAUUUCAUGGUGUUCUAUUGCAUUUGGGUACUUUUUGAGUUCAUUGGUGGUGGGGUUUGUGAACAAUGUGAGUGGUGGGUGGUUGGCCAACAAUAACUUGAACAGAGACCAUCUGAAUUACUUCUAUUGGGUUUUGUCAGGUUUGAGUGUGGUGAAUUUUGGAGUUUAUCUGGUUUGUGCAUCUUGGUAUAGAUACAAGGAAGUGGAGGUGAAGCCAUUAAUGGACAGUAAUGGUGAUGGUAGUAGUGAAGUUAAACCUUGUAAUUAAUUAGACAAACUCAGGAA